AUGACUGUCUCGGAAAGGGCUGCAGGAGCAUUGUGGGGCCUUUUCGCUGGCGAUGCUCUGGCAAUGCCAGUGCACUGGUACUACGGAGGGCCGGACCAGAUCCGUGAUGACUUCGGCGGCAAACUGUUGUCCGGCUUCCAGCGGUCCGUUCAUCCGUACCCGGACUCCAUUAUGCAGCUGAGCAACACGGGAGGAGGCGGCCGAGGGAGCGAUGAAGGAGAUGUAGUCGGCGGAAUCAUUCUGCAUGACAAGAAAGAGUACUGGCGACGGGGCGGCCAGUUUCACUACCACCAUACCUUGGAUGCAGGGGAGAACACAUUGGAAGCUUCCCUGGUGCAGGUUCUGCUGCGGAGCUUCAAAGACACAGGCCGAUUCUCUGCAGAUGAUUUUCGCCAGCGCUACAUCGAUUUCAUGACGACGCCUGGCUCCCACAACGACACCUAUGCGUCCACAUGUCACAGGAUGUUUUUCCAGAAAUGGCGGGCAGGGAUCAACCCAAAGGAGUGUCCCGACAAUGACGGGCACAACGUCGACACGAUUGAUGGCUUGGUGCUUCCCAGUGUGGCCGCUUUGCUGGCAUUUGUUCAAGGGCAUGGCGUGAGCGCUGCCACUGCGUCAGCUCUAGAAGCGCUGGCUGUCACACGCUCCUCCCAGGUGCUGCCUGAGUUUGUCCGGGCUGUUGUGCAUAUGCUUGACCAGGUGCUUCAUGGGUUGCCCUUGGACAAGGCAGCUGCAAAGACAGCAAUGGAGGCGUAUGGGAGUGAUUUGGCCGAGUCAGUCCGCAAGCGCGGCAAAACGGAUCCAGUUGUUGCCUGCUACAUUGGUGGCUCGUUCCCUGCGCUGCUCCACUUUGCCUACAAGUAUGCCGACUUUGAUGCUUGGGAUGCGUUGCUUGCUUCUGCAAACGCUGGUGGCGAGAACGUGCACCGCAACGAGGUGCUUGGCGUGUUGCUGGGCGCAGCACAAGGUCGAAAGGGCUUGAAGACGAAGGAGGAAGGUUUGAAGCACUUUCAAGAGCUUGAUGAGUUGAUUGACACCACGCUUGGGCAGGCUUCAUUGCGUCGAUCCUCCGACCUCUGA